AUGGCUCCGGCCAAAUCUACGAGGACCCUGACCUCCAAAGCACUGGCCAAGCCCAAGGAAGGUACAAGGGCUCCAGUCAAGUCCACUGAAGGCACGAAAGUAGACAAGACCUCCAACAUGCCAGCCAAGUCCUCUGAAGGUACGAAAGCAGCGAGGAAGAUCUCCAAUGCACCAGCCAAGUCCACUGAAGGUGUGAAAGCCAUGAAGAUGUCCAACCCACCAGGCAAGUCAACCAAAGGUGCGAAAGCGACGAGGAAGAUCUCCGAUGCGCCAGCCAAGUCCGCUGAAGGUGUGAAGGCAGCCAAGACCUCCAGCAUCGCACUCUCUUCUGAGAUCCUAGAUCUAACCUCUCUGUCGGAAUGCGAGAGUGAUUCUGGGGAUUCAGACUGCGAUUUGACUGUCACUUAUCAAAGUUUUGGCCAGCCGGUCAAAUGUCACAAGACGUCUCAUCCUUAG